AUGGUCAUCUACGCUAUAAUUGUUAUAUUUUCCAUAUCUUUUCAGUCGUGUGAAGCAAACGGUAAGAAAUGCCAACAAUACGGACACUCAUGUCUUGGAGGACAUGGAAAACGAAGUGAAGAGUUGUCGUCAGGAGUUGUUCAGCACUUCUCGGAAUUGCAACGAAUUAAUGAUCCGCUUUUGGAGAGAAUGGCUAACCUUUUAAGGCUUAUGAUUGGACAGCGAAUGAACACAUAUCAGAGACAGGCGGAAAAUACUCAACAGAAUAUUGAAGAUUUCGAUACCACUAACUAA